GAGGUGGGGCAGUUGUUGCCAUGGCAACAGCAGACGAACGUUCAGUUCAGUGGUGGAGGGCGACAGGUAAAAUAGUAGUAAGGCGUGAACUUAUACAAAAAAUAGUCAUGAGGUGAAGUAUCACAUUCGAACAGAAGGAAGAGCGCCUACUACCCAAAAUAGUAAUAUUAAUGGAGUGUGAGACGAUGGAGCCGGUUCGCUCGACGCCGCCUCGCCACGAGAAAAGUUUGGGGCUCCUCACUAUAAAGUUUGUAGGUCUGCUCCAAGAGGCCAACGACGGCGUCCUCGACUUGAAAGUGGCCGCAGACAUCUUGGCAGUGAAGCAAAGGAGACGUAUAUACGACAUCACCAAUGUGCUGGAAGGUGUGGGCUUGAUAGAGAAGAAAAACAAAAAUGUGAUUCAGUGGAGAGGUGAAAACAAUGGGAAUCAAAACCAGGAAGUUCUUGACCAGGUGAGGGUUCUGCAAACCCAGAUCUCUGAGCUGGAGGCCCAAGAAAUAGAGCUGGACAAGCAAAGGAAUUGGCUGCAGCAGAACACAGACCACCUGAACCGUGAUCCAAUCACAAGCAAUUAUAAAUUUGUGACGCAUGAGGACAUCUGCAAUGCCUUCUGUGGUGACACUCUCCUCGCUGUCGUGGCUCCAUCUGGGACGCAGCUGGAGGUGCUGCUACCAGAGAAGGCUCAGACUGGUCGUAGCAACUACCAAGUGAACCUGCGUAGCAAGCUGGCCCCCAUAAAAGUCACACUUAUCAACCAAGACUCAGACAACGGCGUGCCGGUGGUCUUCCCUGUGCCCCCCACCGAUGUAAUUGUGACCGAUUCCAGCACCGCAUCUUCCCCAUUCUGUAGCCAAGAAUUCCUUGGCUCAGACCAGCAGAUGGCGUCGUCAAGACAAGACGCCAAUCUGUGGCAAGCAUCCACUCAAGUGCAUAUGGAACGACCCAAUGAUCUGGCGACCACUUUGGAACUGGAACAGAUGGACUUGGCUGGCCCAGAGUUUCAGUCUGUAUUGGAUACGUGCAACCUGCUGCGGCACAACAGUGUUGCGGAGCAAAUGAAGGAUGACAGGGAGAGUACAGAAGCUGUUGACUUUAUUGAUGAGCUGAUGUCUAGUGAUGGCAUGGACUACAGCUUCAUCCUUGACGACGGUGCUGGCGUGUGUGACCUGUUUGACGUGCAAGUACUCAACUACUAAGAGAUGACAUUCUGGGAGUACACUUCCUUUCCAUUUCGUUCUUUGACAUGUUUUGGUCUUUAAAGAGGUUACUCAUGACUAUUACUUUGUCCCUAUGAAGAGCGUUGAAAGUUUACAUGUCUAAAAUGCAUUCAGCAUUCGUACCUGCCCAAUUAUUUAAAUGAUCAACUCGGUCCAGAAAAUGACACAUGUUCGCAUGAUUUGUGUUUGAGACUUUAUUAAGUUAUGAGUGACAGAAACUCUAAUUGUGGCACUGCCGUUGUAGGCCUUGUUUUGCUUUCAUAUUGUUUAUUUUAUACAUGUACUAUCAAUUUAAGCAAGUAAAAAAAAAAUGUUUUGUUUUAUAUAUGUAUAAUCAUUUUAAGCAAGUUAAAAAAACUGCUUUGUUUGACGCCGAAUUGCCUUAUUUGUCACUAAGGUUUUCAUUUAUCUCGUGCAGUUGACUUAAUUGCAAGAUUUGAUUUUUCCUUCAAUAAAUGGGUAAGAUCUAUUUCCUUUCCUUCAAAUUUAAGAGUUUGCAGACAAGCAUAUGUCAGUGAAGUGACAGUGAGAAUUCAAUUUUUCAUCGGGGCACAAAAAUCACACAAAUUGUAAAGAAAAAAUAGUUUA